AUGAUUGAUUACAAGACAGAACUAUCCAACUUUGAGAUUGAAGGCAACUGGACAUUUGCAAAAGCACCGCAGUUAAUUCAAUAUGAGCCUGAUGUUCUCUUUGAAGAUUCAUCUCUUGCAGGAUUUCCUGAUUAUUUAAACGCAAAACUUCAAGAAAUUAACCAAUAUGUCAAUGAUAGAGAUGGAAACUCUCUAAACUCCACUCUUUUUGAUCUUCUACAGACAUUUAAUGAAAUUUUGCCUCAAGUCAGUAAAGAAAAAGUAAAUCUCGGCUCACUUGUUGAUGUUUUAUCAGAGAAUAUGUUUACAGAUCUAAUAGAUAUAAUCGGAUCUUCCAAGAUACCUUCAAAUAUCUCGAUUUUAUUAAAAAUUAUUAUUCGAUUAUCCAAUUUCAAACCAUUAGCUGAAUAUAUUUCGAAGUCCAACUUAAUGGAAAUGUUACCCGAACUAUUUAUCGGUUGCAAAGAUCAAGAUGGAUACAAUUUUGCAACAUUAUUAUUCAUUUACAUUCCAAUUUACUCUAAAAUCGAUGAUGGCUUAGACAGGAUCGUGGAAUUACUUCAGCCAACUACAGAAGCAAUGCAAGAUAAGAUGGGAAUCAACUGGGCUCUUGAUUUUUUGUAUUACGUUGUGAAAUACGCAAAAACUGUUGAUUAUGAGACAAUUCUUAAUAUAUUACCGUUCAGAUUAUGUAUCCCUAAAGAUAAUGAAUCAAAACAACGUUUUCAUUGGAUUCUCAAGUUUUCAACAACAAUUCUUUUGAAAUCCAGCAAUUUAUUUAGUGUUUUCACUGAUAUUGGAGCAUUCUCUUUCAUUUACGAUCAAUCUAUUAUGUUCUUUAACAAAAAUGGCGAAGAACUCUAUGAUGACAUCAAAAUUUCCAUAAUUCGAUUCCUUGCUUUAUGUAUUUUCAUAACAAAUGAUAGUGAAAUUGCCAAACUAGCAUUAAAUGUACCAUGUGCCGAGGUUAAAAGGCUUUUCCUUAAGGAAACAUUUACAAAUAAGGAAAGAAAUGUCGUAUUAAAGUUCUUUGCUGAGAUUUCAAGGUUAAUACCAACUGAAUUCUAUAAUUGGUUUGAUGGUGUUAAUGAAUUCCAUCCUUUUGUUGCUGAUAUCCUUGAAAAUUAUUCAAAUAAUGAAAAAUCUAUUGUAAUUAGUAUCAUUUUCAACCUAGCUGAUUCGCAACUUAGUUCUGAUAUAUAUGGUAUGAUGUUUGAGCAUCCUGAUAUCAUAGAUGCUGGUGCAGCUCUUUAUGAAAUGUCUGAUCAAAAUUUCCAGAUGAAAUUUGUUGAUAUUCUUUGUACGAUAACUGGAACAUAUAGAACUCAGAUCACUGAUGAGUUAGUAGCUAUCAUUUCUGAUAAUGAUGUUAUAGAAAUGCUUUUAGACUCCGAUUUAGCAUCAAACCCUGAUUAUGGAGUUAAGAUCUCUCAAAUUGCAGAAGUAUUUGACGAACUGACUCAAACUCCAUGA